AUGAGGAACAGAGAGAAUGAAGUCUUGGCAAAUAUUGCAGCUCGGAGGAGAGGAGCAAGAGGGAGAGGAGUUGCCAGGCAGGCAGCCGAGCAAACUCCUAACCCAGCUGCCACCCAGGCCGAUUUUGCAGGAGCAAGUCAGGUGAUGACUCAGCUCCUUCAGAUGCAGCAGCAAAUGCAGCAACAGAUGCAGCAGCAGAUGCAACAGCAGAUGCAGAUGCAGCAGCAGGUGCAGAUGCAGAUGCAGCAGCAGGUGCAGGCCACUGUCCGACCUGCACAGUCCAUGGAGUCCUACUAUGAGCGAUUCCGUAGGCUCAACCCACCUAUGUUUGACGGUGGAGCUGACCCUCUGGUUGCUGAGACCUGGAUUCGGGAGGUAGAGAAGAUGUUCAAAGCCCUGCAAUAUCUCGAAGAAGUAAAGGUCAGAUUGGCUAUCCCUAUGCUGAAGGGGAAUGCAGAGUUCUGGUGGACGACUAUUGAAGCUGCACUCGAGGGUGAGGACGAGCUACCGACAUGGGAGGAAUUCAAGAAGAUGUUUUAUGACCAGUAUUUUCCUGAGUCAGUCAGAAUAUCUAAAGAAAAUGAAUUUUUAUCUCUGAGGCAGACAGAUGAUAUGACUGUGCUAGAAUAUGCCAACAAAUUUACUAAGCUGGGUUGGUUCUGCCCUCAGAUGAUAGAGAUUGAGAGAAGCAAGGCUAAUAGAUUUGAGCAAGGCUUGAGGGAUGAAAUUCGAUCCCGGUUGUCAGUUCUGAUUUUUACCAGCUACGGAGAGGCCCUGGAGAGAGCACUGAAGGUAGAAGCAGAUCUGAAGAAAUCAGGGAAGGAAAGAGGUGAGCAGAAAAGGGCCGAGACGUCAAGGAAUCUAAUGAACCGACCAAGAAACUUUGAAGGCCCUCCUAACAAGAAGAAGAAAUUUAAGGCUUGUUAUUACUGUGACAAAAUGCAUUCUGGUCCUUGCUUGAUGAGGAUGGGAGCCUGCUUUAUAUGUGGGCAGCCAGGACACAUAGCCAGAGAUUGCCCGAACAAAAAGAAAGUUGAAUCUGGACCUUCUAGACCAACUGAUCAGAUGCAGAGAGGAGCUGCACGGGUGUACGCACUGACACGACAGGAUGCUAGUGCCAGUGACAGAGUUGUGGCAGGUAUGAUUCCCAUCAACUCUGUUGAUGCUUCAGUACUAUUUGAUUCUGGCGCUACACAUUCCUUUAUAUCCUCCAAGUUCUCUGCAUCCUUGCAUCUUAUGUUUGAUAAGUUAGAUGAGCCUUUACUUGUUGCUACCCCUCUCAAGAAGACAGUAGUGGUGGAUUCUGUUCAUAAAAACUGCAUAAUUCAGAUAGAGAACAGAAAAAUUUUGGCUGAUUUAGUACUGUUAGACAUGUAUGAUUUUGAUGUCAUCCUUGGUAUGAAUUGGCUGUCUGAAUAUCAUGCUCACAUUGAUUGCUUUGGCAAGAGGGGUGAUGCACCCACUAAGAAUCCCUCUUUGCACAUUAUCUCUGCAAUGAGUGCAAGGAAGGCCCUCAGAAAGGGGUGUCAGGCCUACCUAGCUUGUGUAGUAGACACUACAAGAGAAAAAAGGCUAGAGGAUAUCCCUAUUGUGAGAGAGUAUCCAGAAGUAUUCCCUGAUGAUCUACCUGGAUUACCUCCUGAUCGGGAGAUUGAUUUUCGAAUCGAUCUAUUACCGGGUGUUGGGCCUAUCUCGAAGGCUCCUUAUCGGAUGGCCCCGGCAGAGCUGAGAGAGUUGAAGGUUAGCUACAGAAACUUCUAG